AUGGAUUCUGCAGAUCUAGAUCCCUCCGUCUCCAUCUCAGCCUCUUCCCCACCAUUUCAACGAGACACGCGCCCUGAACGCGAUCAACCGCGCCUGGCUCCGGCCCUGCUCUUGUCCUCUCCAUCAGGAGACUCGAGCCCGUCGACCGUCGGUUCCCCCGGUCAACAUACCUCACCGCAGAGCAUCAGCCUCGAUCCCCCGCCGCUGCCAUUCCUAUCCACAUACCGGAACGGCGAUUCUCUGACGUCGUCACCUGUCAAUCGGAGGCCAGAAAGCAGUAUCUACUACACCACUGCUUGGGGGUCCCCGUAUGCUGCACCGAGCUCGCGGAGACUAUCAGUGACCCAAAGCCAACUCACCGGUGUCGAUCACCAAUCUGGAGAUAACUCCCCCGUUCAGUCGGUAGCCAACUACACCGAGUUUCGGAGAUCGAGUGCGACAAACGAUACGCUUGAGACCGCGGAGCGGGAACUUGCUGGUCAGAACGGCGAGAAAUCCAUUCGCGAUUUUACCCAGGAUUGGAUCAAUCAGUAUCUCACUGGUCAGCCGAGGACUGAACGCAGCAAUUGGCUCAGUGACGACUCUGGUAGUGAAGCGCCUUCCUUCUUUACUGCGCAGAAUACAUUUGCAGACGACGCUUCAGACGACUGGCUUGGUCUGGAGGACGAUUUUCGCAACGACGAUCUCCUGAAGACGCCUACGCUUUCUGACUUUGUUGGCAGGAAAGCCGCGGCUCGUGCGAAAGCCAAGAAAGCUCUGCAUAAACGCGCGGAUACUUUGCGCCAGGAGGAUUUCUGGGGUUUUGCUUACGAUAAAGAUCCCCCACAGAACAAUAUGUCGGACAUACAACCUACCAUGGAGGCGAAUUCGCCGGUAGAAAAGCCGCUUCCUCCCCCACCGACAGAUGCGAACGACAGCCCGUCAGCAAACACAGAACAGUCCAGCCCGCGUCCCCUGAAAACACAGGCUUCGGAAGUCAGCAGAUCAGCUACCCAAACUCCUCGACGGAAGAAGAAGCUCAAUUGGCGAGGGAAAGCCUGCAUAAUUGAAUUGCCCUUGGAGGAUAAAAGAGGCUCGGAUGGAUCUAGUUACAGUCUCUUGACACCUGAAGACGUCAAACAGCGGAUGCAAAAAUGGGAGGAUGAAGGAUACGAUAUCCGUGGGUUCACCAUUGGCGAUUCUGAGGAUCCCUCUGAAACAACGGCUCUGGGAGGUCUGAGCCGACCCCUUUACCCCGAACCAUACGAGCUUCACGAGGAAUCGAAGGUACAACAGCUAGUCGUCAACUUCCCCGAUAGGGCCGUUUGGGAUGCUUAUGUCGCCAAUCUUCAAGAGGAGAAGCUACGAGCUCUCGGAGUAUCGUUUGGUGACCCUGAGCCCGAACCAUCCAUUUCGCCUGAUUACUCUGUCAAUCAGAGCAACACUCCUUUCCCGGGUCUUGUGGCAUCGCCACCAAUUCCUACUGGAUCAGCUGCGAGCAACCCUCUUGGUCAACUUCAUACAUUCUCUCCAUUCGGUCAACCUUCAAUUCCUACCCCUGGUUUGGGUUCUAUGGCUUCGCCUUUGAUCCAGACUCCAUACAUGGGCGUGGAACAAAAUAUGAUGGGAGGAUACCCAUUCCAAUUCCAGCCUACACCUCCUGCCCAGGGCUCCAUGACUCCACAAGGCUUCAUCAAUGCCCGACAGGCAAGCUCUUCGGGAGGCCCAGGUGCAAUGGGCCAGUUUGCAUCCAUGCUCUCGCCUGUCUCGCCAAUGCACGAGCAAGGUUCCUUCCAUGCCGGGUUCAAUGACAAAGGUGUCUUCGAUGAUCAAUUCGGUCAUGGUAUGCACCCGGACAUGCACCAGGAGGGUCUGCCAUACCAAACCCCUCAGACCCCUGUCAACGGGCAUCCGGACCACUUCCACGCAUCUAAUGUCGAAAUUGCUCACCCCACGCCUCGUGGACAUGGCCAUAAUCUCAGCGAGACCCUUCAGAGAGGAUUGGACCAGAUGACACAUUCCGACUACCACCUGGAAGACUCAAUCGACCGGCAAUUAGAAGAUGACUACCGUGAUGUCAACCAUGCCGGUCUCAAUGCUAGCAUGCUCAAGUCGCGCUGGGCGUUACCACACGACCAGCAGCAUCCCCAAGACGGCUCUCGUCAGGCGUCUCACUCUUUCUCCCAGCAUCCCAACCAAUUCUACGAGCAAUACCAGCACAACGGUCACGACGGCUCUGAUCUCGAUACCAACCCCAGUGUUUCCGGAACCCCACAAACCCGUGGUGCCAUACCCAACCAAGGCCGGUGGCAUGAGACCCAGCCCAGCGGAAACUCCUACCACGGCCAUCGCUCGCAGCUCUCGACUUCAUCCCUCAACGUGGAGGCCAAGGAAUUCGAUCCUUCAGCAUCUUUCGGUGCUCAGCCUGUGCCUUUUGGUAACAAUGCAUUCCAGUUUGGCGGCAUGGGCCAGCAAGGUUUUGGCUUUGCUCCGCCUCCCGCCUUCGAGCCUGGUACCAGCACGAAUGGCCCGGCUCAGUCUGAGCCACGUAACAAUACUGGUGGCUUCAAGUUCUCUGCCGCAUCAUUCAACGUGGAUGCUCCUGUGUUCAACCCCUCUGCUAGCCUCCAGUCGACCGCCAGCUCCGACCAGCCCUCGCCCAACCGUACCAAGAUCUUCGGCGAUAUUGAUAUCAACGAGAUCUCCAAGCCCUCGAAGCAGUCCAAGGCUAUUCCCAUUGUCCGGCCGGAUGAGAAUGAGCAGGAGAAAAAGGAGGGUGAACAAACCCACGAAGAUGACAUUCAUGGCCGGCCUGUUCCUACUGAUCGUCACAAGCGUGCUCGCCGUGGUGUGGGACACGCUGAAGGCGAGGCUAGAUACAGCAUCUCGACCCAUCCUCUGGGCGAGACGGGCAAUGUCCAAUUUUCUAAGACCCUCCACUCUGUCGCUGAAGGCAAGGAGAACGCCAUGCCCGAUGAGAAGAACCCUGUCGAGCGCAGAGACACCCCUGCCAGCGAGGCUGAUACCUGGACCUUGUUCGAUGCAAAGAACGAAGCCGAAAACAGAUCCAAUGCUGCCUCGCCUGUCCAGGAGAAGCCCGCUGAAGAGCCCAAGGAUAUCCUCAUCGAAGAGCGUGAGCCGAAGCAGCCUGCUGCGGAUGAAGCCGCCCCCGCAAAGGGUCCUGACCAUGCUCCUCAAGGAUCCAAGAGUUCUAUCAAGAGCACCAUGCUCUCGCCCACAGCUCCACCAUUCGAGUUCAAGCCCGCUGUUUCAAACUUUGUUCCUACAUCAGUCAAGCCUUCUAGCUUCUCCGAACAGAAGCCCGUUGAGGAGAAGGCUGUUGAGGAAAUGCCUCUUGAGACCCCUGUGAAGAAGCCUGCUGCGAAGCCUCAAGGCGGCCUUAUGGCUUCUCGCUUUGCUGCUAGCCCACCCAAGAAGGCAGCCUCUCCCGUUCAGCCUGAGGCGGACACUCAAUCUACUGAGAACCCAGAAAUCAUCACUCGUGAACCUAAGGGUCUUGGAUUCCACUGGGACUCUGAAAACGACUCGCCUGAUGAUGAAGAGUUGAACGCAAUCAUGGAGCAGCUCAAUGAUGACUCGGAUGUUGGAAUUGAAAGACGCAUCACUCCCGCCUAUGCGACUCCCGCCCAUAUGACUCCCUUCCAACAGCGACCGGAACACAUCACAGAGUCCAUGGGUGGUCCCACAAAGGAGCAGCCGUUUGGCUCUGCAGAGGCCCGAAGCGAAGCCCCUAGUCCCAGUCCCGGCGGUGCCCCCAAGACUUACAAGCUCUCCAUCCCCAAGCUUGGCUCGGACAUCGAUGCCAACAGCAACGCUACCUUCUCUCCUCAGAAGAGCCUCAUCUCUCGUCUCCAGUCCCCUGUUCGCCAGCUUGUCACUGAGAAUGACCACGUCAGCGACUGGGAUGACAUGAUCUCUGAGGGUGAAGACGAGAAGUUCAUGAACCGUAACCGCUUCUUCGACCGUCGCAUCAACGACCUUGUCGGCUCCGCCAUUGAUGAUCGCCUGGGCCCCAUGGAGCGUGCUCUGGCUGUCAUCCAGCAGUCCGUGGCUUCCAUUGCCACUGGUGCUUCAAGCCGACGCGUCUUUCGCAGCACCUCCGCCGAAAUGGAGGACAGCGAUGCUGAUGAUGAAGAUGAUAGUGAGCAUGAGACCGCCUCUGUUAGAGAUCGGUCGCCCCACAACCUUAGAGAGCGCAAGCUGGAAAUGCUCAAGAACGUCGUCAUGGAAGCCCUGAUCACUCACGACAUUCCUCAGCGCGUGGCGCCACAUUCCAGCCACAGCGAGAUGUCCCAGCUUAAGGAGAGCAUUGCUGAACUGCAGGCUCUGACUAUCAAGAAGCUUGCUCAGGAUCCCGUCGGUGAUAUGCGUGAGAUCGUCGAGGAAAUGAUGGCCAAGCAAUUGGCUCACCAGGCCCAGUUGACUCCACGCCUGUCAGAGGCCGAGGAGAUCGGUGCUGACAGUCUGAUGCUUCAGAUUGAUGGACUCAAGAGCAUGCUGCGUCUCGCUGAUGAGCGCGCCGACCAGGAGUACAAGGAUCGCCGCCAGGCUCAGGACUCUAUGACUGAGCUUCAGCGGCUCCUGAAGUAUGCUGAGGAGGAUGCUGCCCGUCACAGUGCUGCCGCUGAAGAUGCCGAGUCUCGUCUUCUUCAGUUCAAGGAAGAGAAGAUUCCCCACUUCGAGAAGAUGCAGUUCCGCGCUGAGUCUCUUGCAGAAGAGACCGAGACUCUCAAGGUCACUAUCGCCGAGCUGUCCACAAAGAACAUCGCGCUAGAGGGCACUCUAGAUGAGUACCGUGUUUCUAGUGAUAACUUCCGUCGUCAGCUUGAUGUCGUCAAGGGUGAGAAUAAGUCUCUCCAUGAGACUAUCGAUCACCUGAGGACUCGCAUUGAAGACAGCAUGGUCUCUCGCCAGAACCUCACUGAGAAGUUCGACCGUCUCCAAGAUGACAUGAUCAGCCUGACUGCCGAUGUUACUCGUGACCAGGCUUCCUGGCGCAGGAAGGAAGAGGAUCAAAUUGCCAAGAAUAACGAGCUGCGCGCCUCUCAUGCCCGCGAGCUUAAGCUUCGCGAGAAGCUCGAGGAGGAUAUCCGCGAGCUCGAGAAGCAGGAGCGGGAAUCUGCCAAGCUUAAGUUCCUCUAUGAACAAAGCCAGCAGGAGAACGGUAGACUGGAGGAUCUGAUCACCAGUCUCCGGGCCGAGAACCACGAUCUGCAAUUGAAGGCUGGCCGCUUCGAGCGUGAGUUCUCCGAAGCUCGUGAGAGCAGCCGUGUGGAAAUCCAGCGUACUCGUACCUCACUAGAGGCAGACUUGGAGGCUUCCAACAGUCAGGUCAACAUUGUUCGCGCCGAGCUCGAGGCUCAGAUUAUUCGUCUGCAGUCUCAGCUUGACAAUAAUCGCAUGGAUACUGAUACCGCCCGGGAGCGUUAUGAACUCCUCCUGGAGGAGGCCAGGGACUCCAAGGUCACCGCUUUGGCUGCCAAGGACCUUGCCAUCGACGAGACGCGCAAGAUGCACGAGCGGGUUCUCAAUGACCUGCGUGAGCGUCACGCACGCGCUCUGCACAAUUCUUCAGAGGAUCGCCAGCGCGGUGAGCACCAUACCAACGAGCGCGUCUCUCUGGCGGAGGACAAGGCCAAGCACUUCCAGGAGCGGGUGCAGCAUCUUGAGGAGAAGCUCGAGAUUGCUCAGUCUGCUGCUCGUGCUGCUGCUGAGGCAGCUCAUAGUGCCAAGGCAAGCCCUGUUCCAUCAUCGGCCCCAACUCCAGCGCCCUCGCAUUCUCGGGCGACGCCUUCAAUGUCUUUCAGCAAGGGAUCUGGAGAACCCGAGCGGAUCUCCCCUCAGGCUCUGCGUGAAUCAAUCUUCGUGCUCCAGGAUCAGCUCCAGCAGCGCGAGACCCGCAUCGAGGAACUCGAGCAGGAGAUUUCCACGAUGGAUAAGGAUGCACCAACCAAGAUCAAGGAGCGGGACACUGAAAUCACCUGGUUACGCGAGCUUCUAGGCGUCCGCAUCGACGAUCUACAGGAUAUUAUCAAGACCGUCUCGCAGCCCUCAUUCAACCAACACGCCGUCCGCGACGCAGCCAUCCGUCUCAAGGCCAACCUCCAAAUGCAACAGCAAGAAAAGGAACGCAUGACGUCCGGCGCUCUCCCAUCCCUCUCAGACCUCGCCGCCUCACCCCGCUCUCUUCCUCUCGCCGCAGCCGCAGCGUGGGGAAACUGGCGCAAGGCCCGCGACAACGCCACAGCUCCAUCCGACCAGACCCCAUCGAAGCCCAGUAACGCCGGUACCUUCCUCUCCGGCCUCCUGACACCCCCAAGCUCCCACGUCCGCCAAAACGCACCCCAGACCAGCGCUGCUACGCGUUUCGCCGAGACGCGGCCCUUGAGAGGCUUCACUUCUACCCCGAGACGGGGCUCUGUUCGUAAGGAUGUCCCCGUCCCUGAACCACCAAAGACUCCGCCUCUGCUUCGUCGCUCAAGCUACGAUCAUGAUGCCGAGCCGGCGAAUUAUGAGGAGGGGCACUUCGAUGAGAACGAGAGUACCGUUGAUGGGAUGGUUUCAGCUUCACCGAAGGGCACGGAUGAUGGUCCCUUUGGGCCUCAGAUUGCUGAGGCUGAAGAUGAGGACGAGGAGGCUGAGCUUGAAGGUGAAGGAGAAGGCGAGGACGAGCUGAGUCCGAGUCCUGCUGAGCAUGAGUGA